AUGGCCAAGCAAGAUAAGCUCUAUGCUCCUGCGUCUCCUGUCGCGACGUCUUCCUCUCGUGCACCGCGUCGACAACGCCAUCCUUCUCCGUCUCCGUCUUCCUCACUCCUUGCCAUUUUCGCUACUGUCGCAGCCUCAUCUUCUCUGGUCGACGGCCAUCCUUUACCCACCCAGACGCCACCGCCCGAGUUCCUCUGUCCGCAGCUAGGGCUUGAUUCUUCUCUCACUUUAUCCUCAUCAAAUCUCAGGCAUCUCGCGCCCCGUCAGACUAGUACCAGCGCUUCGGCAUCCAAUCCGACACAGGAAAUUGCGAGAAGUGUAUCCGUGGCGGACAAGUAUGUGUCGGGCACCGACGGCCUAUGGCGGAAAACAGAUGUAUGGACAUUAUACGGCUCUACCUUUUGUUCGGAUGGUACCUGUUCCUCGACACCAACAGCCACGUCGACAACAUUCAUCACUGAAAGUGGCUCGUUCACACCAACUCCCGCUUCCACGAGUGAUUUGGCAGACGAUAUCGAUAUCUUGCCCUCUGGUUGGCUCAAAGAAACUCAUGAUGAUGAUUCCAUGACCCCCAUCAUUAUCACACUUUCGGUCGUCCUUGCAGUUGGCAUAUGCACUUUCAUCGCCAUGUGUGUCUGGUGGCGGAGAAAGCGUGUGCGACGACUGAAGGAUCCGGAGAGAAAGGGUCGAAAACUCGAGGUAGAUUUUGAUCUAGACGAGGACGAGAAGCAAGCCCGUUCUCAACAGCGGCUUUGGGCAAGGGCUACUGCGAGGUGGAAGACGAACGUGAGACAAUCUGCCCGCAGGCGCAGGAAGCGGCAGGCAGGGAGCAUCAAGGACACUGAGUUCGCCAUUCAUUCUUCAACGACUUCCCUUCAUCGUUUACGCACUAGCAGUUCUUCACAACUUGUGCGGAGCGAUUCAUCCUCAGUGCAGCAUUACGGUUCCACGACUAUGGAACCUGCCCCUUCCUCUCCUCACAGACCGCCGUCUUACCUGUCUCCCGAACUCAAUCCGUCUGGCGAUCCUGAAGCUCCCACGCCAGCCGCUGAUGCACCUUCCCAGUGUCCAGACAAUGCAGAAACGCCUUCAACCGUAGGAGGUUCGUUGGCUUCUGAGCCCCUCCCGUACGAGGGAGUCACCAGCGCGGGCCACGUUGCCACGGACGAUAAGGCGGUGUUGGCUCGUAUGGCUGCACUUGCUAGUUCACCUAUCGACCCAUCAAAUUCUGGCUCGGCUGGAGCAUCCACGGGAGCGUACGCAUCUGUGCCUCCCCUGGUUGAUGACUUCGAGGCGGUGCUGUAUGACAUUCAAGUAACCGACUUCGACGCCGACGUGAUCGGAGAGUCGUCUGGCAGCCGGCGCACGCCAUCUCCCAGACCGCGGCUGUCGCCGCGUCCACCUGUUCCACGUGAUCUCUCUCCAUGCCCCUCGUUGCUUCCCCCUCCACCAUCCAAAGGCUCCCUGGCAGCGCCAACAUUUUAUGAGUAUCUCCCUUCAUUUGAGGAGGACGUUCUUUCUGUUGAACCAGAGAUGGGUCCGUCAGCUCCCCCGUUCGAGGCCGAGGAGCGUCCUGCCGCUAGCGCACCUCCACUAGACAUGGAUUUCAUACCUGACGGUAUCAACAUGCAGCCAUCUGCACCUCCUCUUGAAGAUUACGAAAUGUCCGCAGAUCCUACGGAAGGGGAUGGCUCACGCAUCGUCAUCAAUUCAUCACAGUCUCCCACUCGAGGCACUCGUAUGUCGUCCGCACAUGCGUGGCAUGUCAGCCCUCCGCAAUAUCUACCAUAA